AGAAACCGAUCCGAAUGUCCAAAUUAAUAUAUAAUAUAAAUAUUUGAAACAUAAAUAUAUAUUUCAAAUAUUUAAUUUCAUAUUUAUUUGGAUAUGAUAUCUAACAAUAAGUAUUGAAAAUUUAAAUAAACACCUUAAAUACUCCAUUAUAUACAAAGAAUGAUAUAUUUCUUAUGUUUUACUUUUAAAUUUUAGAUUUUACUUUGGAUAUACCCGAACCGAUCCGAUAUAACCCGAAUCCAAAUGAUAUAUGGUUACUUCAGACAUAUCCGAACCGAUCCGAAACCGAAGUGUUAUAUCCAAAUCCGAUCCGUACUUGUAAAUUUACUAGAAUGAGACCUAUGAGGUGUUACAAAAUGGAACCGAAAUCCGAAAAACCCGAUCCGGACCCGAAUGAGUACCUGAACGUCCAUGCCUAUUAAUGGUACUCUUAAAAACCUGUUCAUUACUGUAUCAUAAAGUCAAAAAACCGGCUCGUAAUAACAAACAAUAAAUAAAUAAACAUGGGUUAAAAAAUCAAAAACUUGUGGCAAUAAUAUCGUGAUCAAUACUAAAAACAUAAUUAAAAGCUAAGAGCAUCUGUAUUAGUGAACUCCAUAGGGAGUUCACACAGUUUUCGAAAAAAAGAAUAUUAAAAUAAACAAAAGCAAUGAACCUCCUUCUUAGAAGUUCACUGCACUGAACCCGGAUCAUCACUGUAGCGCGGGCUCCACGAUACGUGGCGGCCCGCGGUUGGUCCGGUUAUAAAUUUUUUUUUUUUUUUUUUUAAAAAAACAAAAAUCAAACAGAAAAAAAAUAAUAAUAAAAAAAUGCUUUGUGAAUCCCUUCCAAGGGGUUCACUAAUGCUGAUGCUCUAAGAAACGGUCAUAAAAACUCUCAAUUAAUUAUGUUCUAAAGCUGAGGCCCAAUUUCGUACUUACAACCAAAGCCGCCUCCUCAACACAUGACGUCACGUUGCACAAAUAGUAUUUAUACUUAGCUUCGACUCCAAAUCCAAAACCCUUGCUAAUUCUCUUCGUCUUACUUCUCUUUCGCUCUAAAUUUUGAGAAUCAAAAUCUCCAUUGAUCAGCGAGCAAGCAUGUCUCUUAAACCUAGCGCGAGGACGGAGGUUCGAAGGAAUAUGUACAAGGUAUCUGUGGAUGCCGAUGAAGGUCGAAGGAGGAGGGAGGGUGACAUGGUGGAGAUCCGGAAGAACAAGAGAGAGGAGAACUUGCAGAAGAAGCGACGUGAAGGCCUAACUGCUCCCAUUGCGCAGCAGGGGCAGGAUUUAUACUCCUACGAGAGAUUGGAAAAGAUAACACAGUUGGCUGCUGGAGCUACUUCAGAGGAUAGAAGUUUGCAACUGGAGGCAACUAUUGGCAUCCGAAAAUUACUCUCAGUUGAGCGUAAUCCACCCAUCAACGAAGUUAUUCAAUCUGGUGUUGUUCCUCGCCUUGUCCAAUUUCUUUCUGUCGACUUCUUCGAACUUCAGUUUGAGGCAGCUUGGGCGCUCACGAAUAUUGCUUCAGGGACAUCAGACAACACCAAGGUCAUUAUUGAUAGUGGCGCUAUCCCCGAUUUCGUCAGACUUUUCGCUUCAAAAAGCGACGAAGUCCGAGAACAGUCUGUCUGGGCAGUGGGAAACGUCGCUGGUGACUCACCAAAAUGCCGUGAUUUUGUCCUAAGCUGCGAGGCCAUGAUGCCUCUUUUGGCUCAGUUCAACGAGCACACAAAGCCCUCCAUGCUGAGAAACGCUGCAUGGACCUUAUCAAACUUCUGUAGAGGGAAGCCUGCGCCUGCACUUAAGCAGACAAAACCAGCUUUACCAGUUCUUGAGCGCCUUUUGCAUUCAAACGACGACGAAGUUCUCACAGAUGCAUGCUGGACUCUCUCUUAUCUCUCAGACGGUACCAACGAUAGAAUACAAACUGUUAUCAAUGCUGGUGUCAUCCCUAGCCUCGUUUCACUCCUAGCUCAUCAUUUGCCAUCAGUUCUGAUUCCAGCCAUCCGUGCAAUUGGUAAUAUUGUAACCGGAGAUGAUAUGAUGACUCAGGAGGUUCUUAACCAUCAAGCGCUUCCUCAUCUCUUGUCCAUUUUGACACGUACAUACAAGAGGAGCAUCAAAAAGGAAGCUUGCUGGGCUAUCUCUAACAUUACAGCUGGAAACACUAGUCAGAUACAAGUGAGUAUAUACAUUUACAAAUUCAACAAUCAGGUUUCUGACUCUUUCCUUCAUGAUGUUUUAACAAAUAUUGCUGUGCAGCAAGUGAUUGAAGCCGGCAUUAUUCAGCCUCUUAUUUACAUGCUUCAUACCGCGGAAUUCGAAAUUAAAAGAGAAGCUGUUUGGGCAGUCAGUAAUUUAACUUCUGGUGGCAAUCAUGACCAAAUCAAGUUUCUUGUGGACCAAGGAUGCAUUAAACCGCUCUGUGAUCUCCUCACAUGUCCCGAUCCGUUGACCGUCACAGUGAUCUUAGAAGCUCUAGAGAACAUUCUCAAAGUAGGUGAAGCCGAGAUGAAUCAAGGCAACACGGGAGGCUUUAACAUUUACGUGCAGAUGAUUGACGACGCUGAAGGUUUGGAGAAGAUUGAGAAUCUUCAGAGACACAACAAUAAUGAAAUUUACGAGAAAGCUGUUCAAAUCCUCUCUUCCUAUUGGACCGAUGAAGACGGCAAUGAACAUGACAACGGUUUCGCAUUUGGAAACCAAAGUGGCAAUGCUUCUACAGGUGGAUUCAACUUUGGUUGAAGGUCUAAUCAUAUAUUGCCUUGUUCGUCAAGCAACCUGUUUUUUUCUUUAUGUUUAAGCUUGGCAGAAAA